AUCUGAUCCUCAUGUCACUACAAGUGACAACAGUUUAUUUAUAUUUUUAUAAAGUUGUUUUAAUUUAAAUUAUUUACCAUCGUAAACAAAAAUGCCGGAUUGUAGCGAGAAUUAUGAAGGAGAAAUUCAAGAUGGUUUCAAUAUACGAAGCAUCAAGUGUAAAUAUUGCAAUUCCACAAUACUGAAACCACUAACUGCGACUUUUACAACAAUUGAGUUUCAAUUACCCUUUAUGAAACAAAUAACAGGAGAGGAUGUGGGCACGGAAGAUUUAUCAUUAUUUUGGCUGGUUGCUGAUAUGUUAAUUUUUGAAAAUGUUGGCUUUUCCAAUACUGUUGGUAAUAAUAAGUACCUUAUUUGUGCAGAUUGCGAGUCUGGCCCCAUAGGUUACUUUGAUGUUAUAAGCAAAAAAAGUUAUGUCGCUUUAAAUCGUAUUAAACACUGUUAAUAUGUAUAAAAA